UUUAGUUUAUUUUUCCCAUUAUUUAAGUGUAUAAAUAAUUUUUAACUAUAAAAGAAUAAAUUAUUCAUGUAAUGACAUAGAAACAGUUGUUUUCACUUUUCUUGUUUUGUCUUGGUGCCGUGGUAGAUUUUGAUUAUAAAAUUAGAGUGUUGAUUAAAUUAUAUUUGCCAAAACAAAAUAAACAAAUAAAGAAGCACGAGUUGACCAAUUCAUUUCUUGAUGGAAAACACUGAUCUCUUCUCUUCUAUUCUUUCUUCUCUUAUGCGGAAUUUUCACAAUCUUUGAUCAUCUUUCUCUUUAUUCUACGGAAGAAAUCCAAAUAUUCAAUAUAUGGAAAACAUCAAAAACCCUAAAAACGCAGAUGAUUGUUCCGAUAGCAUAUCAAAAAACAGUCAUCAGGGCGUUGAUGAUUCCCUGAACCAGUCAAGAUCUUACGUAUGCAGUUUCUGCAUAAGGGGCUUCUCGAAUGCUCAAGCACUAGGAGGGCAUAUGAACAUCCACAGAAGAGACAGAGCUAAACUCAGACAAAAGCUUAUGGAAGAUAAUAAGGAUGAUGUUGUUGCUGAGAGUGAUUCAUCAGAAGUUGUCUCUCUAGACCUUAAUGAACAACAACAACAACAAGAAGCUUUGACAUGUGAUGAUCACGAUGAUCAAGAUCAAUAUGUUGAGAAAGAUUUAAGUCCUAAACAGAAAUUAGAGUUUUGGGUUCAAGAAAGCAAGCUUGAUACUAAUGAUCGUGGAAAGGGCACGGAGGUUAGCAUAGAUGGUUCGAGUUCGAGACAUCAUCGUGAGAUUGAAGGAUUGGAUCUGGAGCUUCGGUUAGGCCAAAGCGUCGUGGAGAAGAAGACAACAUAAUCUGCGAACGAUGAAUCAUAUAUUGAUUGCAUUGUAUCAUAAGGGAAAACCCUUGAAACAUCAAACUCUCGAAUCCGUCUAUUACAAAUAGAUUCGUGGCUUAAAUUGUAUUGAAGGUAUGCAUUUUGUAUCUUAUUAUUGAUACCAUUAUCAUUGUUGUAUUGAUAUUUGUUUCCUUGCUUGUGUUAAUUUCACCAACAACUUUUGUA